CUCCAGCUGCGCCACAGCCGCGAUCGGGGACGGCUGCGAUGGCUCCAGCGCUGGGGCUGGGGGUGCUCUGGGGGCUCCUGGGGCUCCUGGGGAACCCGGGGAGCGCGACCAAAGUUUUCCAUUCCCGGCGCUUCCUGGAAGGGGUUCCAGGGCUCCCAGGGGGUCCUCCGGGGUCCCAGGGGCGUCCUCCGGGGUCCCAGGGGGUCUCAGCGAGGAUCCAAUGGGAUCCAGAUGAAUUCCCUGGAAUUCCCCUUUUCCCCGGACCCCCUGCACCCCCCAUCCCCGCCCUCCUCGGUCCCUUUCGCUUCCGCGUCCCAACCUGCGAGACCGGGAUCUGCCCGUUGACCGGUGACGUCACGGACAGGUCGGGCUGCCAUUGGCAAGCAGGAAAUAGCGGUGCCAAUGGCGGGGCCUUUGGCACCUCUGGGGGCGGGGCCAGUGUUGGGGCGAGGCCAGGUCUGUGGGCGGGGCCGCAGCCGAGCAGCGCCAUGGCUGCCGCGCUGGGUCUGGGGCUGCUCUUGGGGCUGCUCUUGGGGCUCCUGGGGGACCCGGGGGGCGCGACCAAAGUUCUCCACUCCAUGCAUUACCUGAAAGUGGCGGUGUCAGAGCCCAGCCCGGGAAUCCCCCAGUACAUGUCCAUGGGGUACCUGGAUGGGAUCCCCUUCACGCGCUAUGACAACGAGCGGGGCCGGGUGGAGCCACUGACAGAGUGGGUAAAGGAUUCAGUUGAUCCGGAAUAUUGGGAGAGGAACACCCAGAUCAAUGUGGGGUGGCAGCACAUGAAUGUCAGGGACCUGGAGACACUGCGGGAGCGGUACAACCAGAGCGGGGGUCUCCACACAUUGUUGCGAGUUUAUGGCUGUGAGCUCCUGUCCGAUGGGAGCAUCGGUGGAUCCUACCGGAAUGCCUACAACGGGCGGGAUUUCAUCUCCUUUGACCUGGGAUCCGGGAGAUUCGUGCCGGCCGACAGCGCUGCUGAGAUCACCAGGAGGCGCUGGGAACAGGAAGAGGUGGCUGAACAUUGGACGAAUUACCUGAAGCACGAAUGCCCGGAAUGGGUCCAGAGGCACGUCAGAUACGGGCAGAAGGAGCUGGAGCGCAAAGAGCCCCCUGAUGUUCACGUGUCUGGAAGAGAGGAACACGGGACGCUGAUCCUGUCCUGCCACGCGUACGGAUUCUACCCUAAAACCAUCGCAGUCAGCUGGAUGAAGGGGGGUCAAACCUUGGAUCAGGAGACGGAGUGGGGCGGGAUCGUUCCCAACAGCGACGGCACCUUCCACACCUGGGCCAGGAUCGAGGCGCUGCCGGAGGAGCGGGAGCAGUACUGGUGCAGGGUGGAGCAUCCCGGAAUGCCAGAGCCCGGGAUCUUUGCUUGGGAGCCGACAUCUGGCAGGAAUCUCACCAUGGUGGUCGCUGUGUCUGUCAUCGCUGCCAUCCUUAUCCUCAUUGUCCUCAUCGGAUUCGGCGUCUGGAAGCUCCAAUCCGGGAGGAGGAACAGGAAUGGAUACAACCCGGCAGCUGGAAAAGAUGUGGGAACCAACGGCUUGAGCACAGGAAUCACUGCCUGAGCAAUCCAUGGAGUUGGAUCUGGCCCCUUCCCUCUUCUCUGGAAAGCUGAGAGCUGCCAGCAGAGCUCAUCCUGCUGCUGCCACCCACCCCACAGCUCUUGAUAAACAGAUACAUUUCCCAUUUUCCAAUGUUUUAAAGGCAAGAACCGCAAAUAUUCACAAUGCUUUGCUUCUGGUGUGAAACUAUCCUGCUUUGGGCAAUAAAUGCUGCUUU